AUGGCUGAUAUUAAACCACAUAUUACUUUGUUGUUGGACAAUUCAAAUAAAAUAGUGAAAUUACUUACAAAUACGAAGAAAUGUGCUCGAGCUAAAAUUACAAGAGGAUAUUUGGAGGCGCGUGUGGAGAUGCUAUGUGAGUACUGGUCGUCUUACAAAAAACAAUAUGACUAUAUUACAACUACGUAUGCUGAAUCAGAGUUUAGAGCACAUAAUUUUGAACCACAAGACAAUUAUGAUUCUAGCGAAGAGGCUUAUUUAGAUCUCAAAACAUGGAUAAAAGAUUGGUUGUAUGAACAUGAGACAAACAGUACUAAAAUUUAUGAUAAUAACACCACCAACUCUUCACACUCGAGACCUAAACUUGCACCCAUACCACUACCUGCAUUCUCAGGAGAUUAUAAUGACUGGAUUAGCUUCAGAGAUUUAUAUAUUUCAUUGAUUCACAACGAUAACAGCUUGUCAAAAAUUGAAAAAUUUCACUAUCUUAAAUGUAGUUUGACUGGCGAUGCAGCGAUUUUAAUAAAGAAUUUUACACUUACCGAAGCGAAUUAUCUAGAUGCUUGGAAGAAACUGGAAGAGAGGUAUGAUAACAAAAGAGUUAUUGUUAACAAUAUAUUGAAUCGUUUGCUCAGUCAGAAAAAGUUAACUAUAGAAUCAGCAAAAGGCCUCAAAGAAUUAUUAGAUACUACUAGCCAAUGUCUUGACUCACUAAAGAAUCUCAAUAUACUGGUUUCUAAUUGGGAUGCAAUCUUAGUUUAUAUUAUUGUCGGGAAGUUAGACACCGAAUCACACAAACUUUGGGAGCAGUCUCUUGGUAACUCUACUGAGAUUCCUACUUAUGUCAAUUUAGCUUCAUUCUUGGAGAACAGAUUCAGAACACUAGAGAUGAUUAGCUCCACACAAGUAAAAGAUAUCUCUAAGAAUCCAUAUGCAUCGCAAAAAGUUACAUCUGUCAAAUCUUAUGCUACUGAAGUAAAUAGUACUUGCACAUAUUGCUCACAGAACCACUACAUAUGUCAUUGUAAAAAUUUUGCUACGCUUACUACAGCUGAACGUCAAAAGUUUGUAAAAACAAAUAACAUCUGCUUCAACUGUCUAGUUAAGGGUCAUUCUGUGAACCAGUGUCGGCAAAGCACAACUUGUAAGAAAUGUAGACGACGUCAUCACACUUUGCUGCACAUGUAUACAAACCUUAACGAGUCAGACACCACAACUGAGAACAAUGAGUCUACAGAGAAUCCUUCCACGUCUUGUCACACAAUUAGCACGAAGACUGAAACAAAUGAUAAACAAAUCCUUUUAGCUACAGCUCGAAUUAAAGUAAUCGCUAAAAAUGGUUCUACUCACAUUCUCAGGGCACUCAUAGACCAGGGCUCUCAGGCUUCAUUUAUGACAGAGGCAGCUACACAAUUGUUAAAUCUUGAUCGCACACCUGUAAAUGGUAAAAUCACUGGAAUAUCCAACUCACAUGCAGUUACUAAGUCCAUGGUAACUCUCACAAUUCACAGUACAAAAUCAUCACACUCACAAUUUGAAGUCAAUGCCUAUGUACUUCGAAAACUGACUUCUUUGCAACCGUCUCGAGAAUUCCCACAAGAUACUUGGCCUUCUUCAAUGCAGCUAGAUCUGGCCGAUCCUGACUUCCACAAGCCAAGUUCUAUAGAUGUUAUAUUAGGUGCUGAUGUGCACGCUCACAUAAUUCUCGAUGGAAUACACAAACACAAGUCUCUCGUUGCUCUUAAUUCUUGCCUUGGCUGGUUGUUGUCUGGCAGCGUGUCACAUACUGAUGCACCAAUACACAAUAGUAUUGUCACUCACACAAAUUUGGAGGUGGAUCAGUUACCUAGGCAGUUUUGGGAGAUCGAAGAUGUACCUCACAAAAAACACAUGUCAACUUUAAAAAUAAAAUGCGAAAAUAGUACACGCAAUGAUGAUGGUCGAUGCAUCGUUAACUUACCUUUUAAAGAGUAUCCUCCCACAAGUCUUGGUGAUUUGAAAAUCUUGGCUGUCAAUAUCUUAAGACAAAUGAAGAAGCGAUUUUUAUACAAACCUGAAUUUAAAUGUCACUACAGUAAUUUUAUAGAUGAAUACUUAUCACACAAAUACAUGAAGAUGAUUCCUGAAAAAGAACUUAACACUAAUAAUAAAAAACAUAUAUACUACUUACCUCACCAUGCUGUCCUCAGGCCGACGAGCUUGAGUACGAAGUUGUAUGUAGUCCUCGAUAGUGCUGCAUCUGUGAACAGAAAAUCAUUAAAUAAUGAAUUAUUGAUUAAUCCAACUGUAUUAGACAUUCGAUACUUUAUAAGGAGAUGGAAAUUACAUAAAUUCUGUUUACUCGCAGAUAUACUGAAAAUGUAUGUACAAAUACCUGUAGCUAAGAAAGACAGGCUACUUACUAUUACUUUUGAUCCGUUUUGUACAUCUUUAUUGCACCAACUGACAGACGAUGAAUGCAGUGAAUUUCUCAAGGAAUCUGAAAUACUGAAAGAAGACUUUUGUAUGGAUAAAUUGUUAACUCGUAUACCAAGAAAGGAAAAUGCCAUAUUUCUUCAAAAUCGGUUAACUGAAUUAUUAAGUCAAGGUAGCUUACCUUUAUACAAAUGGUCGUCUAAUAGUAAAUUGUUACUGUAUCAAAUUUUGAACCAAAUAAAAUAUUAUUCUAUUAUAUUCACUAUUAAGAAACUUUGGCUAGCUGACUUGGACUGGGAUGUGGAGCCACUAUCAGAAUUAAAAACUCAAUGGUUCACUUACCUUAGUAAUUUAUUACACAUAAAAUGCAUUCCCUUUCCAAGAUGGUUCAGUAUUACAAAUACCACUACUAGGAUAGAUUCACAUUGUUUUGGUGAUGCAUUUUGCGAUGUUUUCGCUGGUGUUAUGUACAGCCUUAUAACUGUUAAUAAAUUACUUGAUCAUUGUGUAUUCGCACGAAUUAAUUCUACUAUAGUUUUCAACUGGUUAAGUAAAACUUCAAGUACUAGGAUAACAUUUGUUGCUUAUCAAACUGCACAAAUUUCAAUUCUCACUAAUUGUAACCAUACUCAUACUUUUAACAAUCCUAGUAAUGUAGAGUCACGUGGUUUAAGUCCAAAUGAUUUGAGACAGUCAGAACUGUGGUGGAAUGGGCCUGAAUUUUUAAGUCAAACUCACAGUAUUAUCUGCUCACCUCGAAGUCGAACUCUUACCGGCCUGAGACCAUGGAGAGGCAACGGGAUGGCUAGAAUAUUCUACCGCGACCCCAGUGGCCCGGAGAGCGACGAAGACUAG